AUGAUGAUUAUUCUGUUAAAGACCCAACUGUAAAGACAUUAGAUAGAUCUAAAUAGUGUUUAUCACCCUUUAAUGUUAAUCAUGAGGUUUCCUUAUUAUUUACAUUUCCCAGAUAUCUAAUGAAAGGAUUUUCUUUAUCUAAGAUUCAAACAGUUUUUAAUUAUUGGUAUUCAAUUAAAAAAGUUUAGAGACCACUAAAGGUUUUUCAAACAAAAUUAAACUCAAAGACAAAUAUGUAGAACUUUUAAAAAACAAAUUAAAAUUAAACGAUAAAGUAAAGAAAUAUUCUUAUCUUUUUUUGAUUUGGCAUAAUCAGACAAAACGAAAUAAAGUAUUAAUUGUCCAAAGUUUUAGUUGUCUUAGAGCCGACCUCAAAAUUAUUUAAAUAUUGGAGUAUCUUUUAUCUAUUGAUAAUGAUUAUACAAAUGAUCAUCAUCCUCUAUAAAUGAAAUCAUUCUUUGUGUUAUUUCUUAUACUUAAAAUAAUAGAUGCCAUUUUGAAAUCUAUCUCCACUUUUGCAAUAAAUGGAGAAAUUGAAACUUAAUUAAUAGUUAUUAUAUGCCAUUAUUGUAAAUCAUAAUGGAUAUUUGAUAUAGUACAAAAUUAUAUAUAUAAAAAAAUAGAUUUUUAUUGGUUCCAUACAAUUUCAAUAGAAUUAUUGGAAUAUAAUUAAAAAUAUAUUAAGUACUAUUCCAAGUCUUAUAUAGAUUCAAAAAUAAGUCUAAUUGUAAAAUAUUUAUAUUAUUAAUAAUAGUGAAUAUAAUAUUUUUAAUUGA